GACCGAUUUUUACAUUGCAACGUGCUUACAACGUGUUUGUUCACAAUCACACUUGUUUGUUCUACCAUAGACUACGAAGUGCUACUGUUCAGGGCGAGGAUUUUUUUCCUCUUAUCUCGUAAGUUGUUCAGGUGGUGCGAGUUAACUGUGUUCAAAGAUUGGAAAUGUCUCAACGAGGAGCUUCCCAAAGUUUCUUGUUCAAAUAUGCUCCACUUCGCCUCAAGGGUGUAAAUAAUCAGCAACAACUUAGCAACAAUUCAAAAGUUUAUCCUUCUGGAACUCCAUACUCCCCAAGAGCACUUCAAUCUCAAUCCAAUAACCCUUCUAUUGAUGAAUCAGCAAUGACGGGAAAUGAAACGAAUUAUUCCGAACAAGGUGACUUGAAUUCCUCAUUAGAAAACAUAGCUAAGGUAUGCCAACGUCAGGAACGUCGCAACCGAGAAAUGCAGUUACAACUUGAAUCAGCUACAUCCGAGAUGGAACGACUUAAAGGUCUACUGGAUGCAGCAGCGGGUGAAAUCGAUCAGCUGCACAAUAUCAAUGAAAAAUUAAAGGAUUCACACCAAAAAUUAGAGAAGGAAUUAAAAGAAGUCGAUCACCUUUACACUGAUGUCAAAACCACAGCAGCUGAUACUGCCCAAAUUCUUGAAGACGCACGUAAAGACAAAGAAACUUGGCUCUCCAACUUUGAAAGGCUGCUGACAAACCAUUUCGACAAAAGAGAAAUGCAAUUGCGAAAUGAAUUUCAGCAAAUAAUUGACGAAAAAGAAGUCAAGUUAAAUGCGAUGCGCUGCGAGGCUGAACAUUUAGAGAUUCAGUUUCAUGGUACUGCGGAAAUACGUGCCGAAAUAGCCUCCUCCAGAGAACAAAUUAAGCAACUCAACAGCGUCAACGAUGCCAAGGAAACGGAACUGAACACGUUGCGUGACAAACUUAUGACCAUUCAAGAAGCAGUCGCCACUUACGAAGACACUAAACAUUCUUUGAAUAUUUUAACGAAAGAAAGAGCUGCGCUGCAGGAGCGGUACAGCGCGAUUGAAAAGCAAUGCAUUUCGACGGGUGAUGCGCUAGUCGACUGUAUGAAUGACCGAAAUCGAUUGGAGAAUUCCGUGGACGAAUUGAACAAGAAACUGGAAGACGAAAGCAAGAAAACAAUUCAUUCAAUAUCCGAAACGCAAGAAUUGAUCCAGCAACUGACGACAUGUCAACAAAUGUUGGAGGAGAAAACGACCAAAAUUGAGGAUCUUUGUAAUCAGUUGUCGAUUUUGAAUGAACACAAUAGAGAUCUUGAAAGAAAGACUCGCGAAGCAGAAUCCAUAUUUGCUGACCAAGAGACCUCUCAGCGAUUAAUAGCUGAUUUGGAAAAACAAAUUGCUGAACUCAAGUUCCAGUUGUCUGAAAAGGCUAUUGAACUCCAGUGCAAGGAAAAGAAGAUUGAAGAAACUGAGAAUGCCUUGAAAGAUUUGUCGCUACAUUCUCAUAGCGAUGAACAGUUGGCGAUUAUCGAAGAAAAUAAUCGCGAACUUCAGCGCAAAUUUGAUGAAAAGGCCCAGGAACUUGAAGCUGCUCUUGUUUGUCAAGAGAAUUCGCAAAGAUUAAAAGCCGAUCUAGAUAAGGAGGUUGCUGAUCUCAAAUGCCAACUUAUUUCAAAGUCAAUAGAACUCCAGUACAAAGGAGAGCGGAUGGAAGAAAUGGAGAAAGCCUUAGACGAAUUGACACAAAAGUCUCUUAACGCUGAGCGGGCAGAAACUUGCCGAUCAGAAGUGGACAUGCCGAGACAAAAAGAAAAGUUGGAGAUAGACGCUUUGAAAACAUCCUUAAAUUUAAAGAAUUUAGAACUUGAGAGUAUCGGCGGUGAAUACGAAGAGGCCCAGAAGAUAAUGGCAUCAUCGGAAAGAAAGAUAGCCGAUCUCGAAUUAACCGUCAGCCUACUGGAGCGAAGAUUGGAAACAGAACGUGAACAGGCUUCUUUCUCUAGCCAACAACCUGUGAUCAAGGCUGCCGUGGAACCAGCACGUUCGCUUCGGCCCAUCUUGAAGCAAACAUUUUCUGAUGUCAAACAACAGGAACUGGCUUCACAAGAUAAAGGGGAUUCAGCUAAAACUGCCAUGGAUACUUUAAAUCUUUUGCAGAAAGCUAAUGCUAUGGCAAAAGCAGCAGAGGUCAAACGUCGUGAUAGUGGUGGGAGUCAGAUUUCAAUGAUGAUAAAACCAUCUUCUCCAUCUAGCUCGUCGAAACCUUCGGAGAAGCGACGCCGUUUCGAUACCCCCGACGGAUUGCGCGCAUCCGCCAUAAAAAUGGACCUCCGCGAUUGUGUUGAUAUUGAUUCCCCCGUUUUACGUAACAAUUCCGGCCUGCGGACGCCUCGCUUUCUGCCUCGCAGUAACUCUACCGCUUAUCUUACUUCCGCGGAAUUGCCUCCUGGAACAGAAGAUCUGGAGUUUGAUACUAAUGAAUCCUUUUAGUAUUAAUAACAUAUCCAUUUUAACAGCCCUGUCUCUUCGUGUUGAAACGGUAGGACAAUCUACCGUUAAUAUAUUUUUUUGUGUGUGUUCAUUUGGGGUGACCGUAGAGAUAACCAAGCGUUGCUAAUAUAUCUGCCUUUUUUUAA